AUGGAAUUUGAUGGACUUGUAUCAAAAGAUGCAAAAAUUGAAUCAGUCCAAUAUGAUAACAUCAUUACAUCCGAUCCCGACCAAAUUGAAAAUGCAAUAUUGGAUGGUUUAGACUCACCAUUUAUACAAGAUGAAGUUGAAGCUGCAAUUAAAGACCAAGUUAAACCCAUUCUCACUACAUUAUUCAACGAUAUACUAGAAAAUCCUCACCACAUCACAACAGAAUUCACCGAAGCAUUUGAUUCUAUCUCUCACGAUAGUAUUAAAAGAACAUUAAUUCAUAUUGGUAUACCAAUAAAAUUAAUAAAUUUAAUCCACAAGCUAUUAUCUGACUCAUUAGCAAAAAUUUCAAUUAAUGGUAAAACGACCAGAAAAUUCGAUAUUAUAAGAGGUGUAAAACAAGGUGACCCAAUCUCAGCCACUUUAUUUGUAAUUUACUAUGGUAAAACUAGUGGCACAACAUUAAAAACAAAAACAACCAUCAUAAACACCUACUCACUAUCACCAAUAACAUAUUUAUCAUACCUUGAAGAAUUUACAAAAGAUGAAGAAAUUCAAAUUAAUAAAUUAAUCUCAUGGUUUAUGAAUUCUCCCGCAAAUUCUGAAUCACCAACUCUCAAUACCAAUUCCAUUGAAAACAACACAUCAACCACGACAAAUUAA